AUGGCCAAAAAGAAAGCAAAGGCCAACUCGCAUAGCGACAGACGGGGUGCCGCACCAAAUACGGCCCAAGAUUCACCUGCGUCGCUUGCGCAAAAGCCCCAGAAGAGCAAAGACACGGAGGAUCCAGGAGGGCCUCCGUCAUUACUGAUCUGUCGCAACAAACACUGGAGAUACAUCUCGGCCUACCAGGGACAUUGGCUGAGCUGCCCCUUGGAUGAACUCGAAAGUCUGGCAUACAUCAACUACAAUGCACCUCGACCGACGCCUAUCCUUCCGUCCAUGUUCUUCGACAUCCUCAAGAUUCGCACGCUCAUCGACGACGCCACAAGUCUCGCCGUACGAGCUGCCAGUGGUACUGCCUCUUCUUCCGUGCAAACCUCCUCCCAGAGAGGCACCGUAGUAGAAUCGCUCGGUCUGGGGCCGGUGAAGGGUGGAAAUGCAAAACCGAGUCGAGAACGCAGACAUCGCAUGCGGGAACAUGCUACACAAAAGUUGGCCGCGGCCUAUCGUCUGGACGAGGUUGCCUCCAGCGUGGCCGUGAUGCAGGGAGCAUCAGCGCUGGAGGACGUUGCAAAACAUGUCUUGCAAAGGAACGAGAAAGACCCCGACGCCCAAUAUGUCCACUUCUUCCACGAAAAGAUCCCGUCCAUGUCGAUUUAUCAUAACACGAGUCUUGCGCCAUUGGAUGAUGUCCUACGACAUAUGCCAACAGAGGCCUCGACAUAUAGAACCAGAGCUGAAGCCCAGAUGUUUAAACAAAACACCGAGGAAUCCAUAAGAGAAUGUACGGAUGGGUUGUCGGCGUUUCGAUUAUACCACUCACAACACCAGAAGCUCUCCAAAGAAAAAGUGGUUCCCGCCAAAGACACCACGAGGCCGGAUGGGGACCACAAGUCUUCUGACCGGUUGGAGGAUGAGAACCAACCUAGCAGUCUAGAACUUCAGCUUCUCUUCCUCCGUGGCGAUCGUUACCUGUCAUUGGCCUGUAGCAAUGCCACCUGGGCUUUCUUCUACGGUGACGAAAAAUACGAGGAAGACGUGAGAGAAGAUCCAGAAGCCGUAGUAAAAUCUCAGCAAGAGGCGGCCAAAUUCCGUGAAGAGGUACGGAAACACGUUCGUCCAUAUGCCAAGAGAGCUUUGCGAGACUUCAUGUCGUUCCUGUCACACCUGGAAUAUACGCCUGGGAUGAAAGUAGCGGAGCUGAAAGCCUUUGUCAAGGCACAACACCCAUCGUAUUUCGGCGAGACUAAGCAGGCACGCAGAGAAAAAGUUAUCGAAAUCUGCGCUCAGGCUGGCGCAGGCAUUUUCUAUAAUACACACGGAAAAUCGCACCGAGAUCGACAAAAGGACUCACCUACUCCAAAGCUCCCUCAAAGGUCAGUUUAUACGCUGAACACACUCUUCACCGCAGUACCUCCAGCGGACUUGCCAUCAUAUCCUCCCGAAGCCACUCCAGAGCAUGAGAAUGAAGACUUGUCGAUGCCCAUCUUCAGCGAAGCCGUCAGCUAUCAUCCUCUGCUCGCCGAAGUAGUUCACUCCCUUUUACUUUGUCAUUGCUUGAUGCAGACGUCGACCAAGGAACUAGCCCGCCAUGCAUAUAUGGCAGCACGAAUCGAGAGGAUCUGUGAUGGAUACCCCAUAUUCUCACCUUCUCGAUCUCCCGCCAGGGCUGACUGGGUCGAGAUCCUCCGUCGAUCGAAGAAUUGGCUCCAACUGAGUAAUACUUGGCAGACUCUAUGUACUCCCAACGCGCACGUCGACUCUCCCGUCGUUCUGAACCAGACUGAAUACGCCACUCUGCAGGAAGCUACAGACCCGCAGGCACAAAAGGAAGUUACGAAUCAUGAUGGAGCAAUGGGAACAAACCAAGCCAUCGGCGAGGAGACCCGAGACCCCAAGCUGCUGGCUCAGGGAAGUGAAGCUCUGCAGGAGGAGGAAGGAGCUUCUAAGAGAAAAGCUGGAAGUGGAAAAUCUACCGGCAACCAUACUAGUGGCCUUAUAGAUGCCUACGAUGGAGGCGCAAGUUGGAAGUUGCCGCAGCGUUCCAGUCGGGACAGUCCGCUUGGCUUCGUACCUGACCGAGCCGAAAGUAUUGUCCGAUGGAUAAUGCAUGCGCCCCCACCGAGUGCUAUUGACGGGCCAAAAAGGAGAUCAGGGGCGAAGGCGAGGUCGAAGAAGAAGAACAAGGAUACGGGUCUCGACGAAGAGCUGAGCGAUCUUGAUUUAUCUGAUGGAGGCGUAUCGUUGGGGGAACAAGGAUUAGCGUGA